AUGGACGUGCGCAAGAGGCAGGCGUUGUUUGGCGUCAUGGUGGCGUCAACAGCAGAAGGGUCUGGCAAGAUCAGUGCAUUGAUUGCUCCUGAAGAUGCCGCAGAUAAAGGCGGCCACGGAUUCUACAGCAUGCACGCGGUGCACGCUGAGGCCAUGGCUAACAUGAAGCUACUGGCCGUGUUCGCUGUCUUGCAGUUCCUGUCACUCCACCUCCACGUCCAUGGCGUCUCCACGUCCGCCGUCAGCAGAGCGCACAAGCCCACAAAGCCCGGCGGCAGCGGCAAAUGCCACAUCAGUGGCUUCCUGCACGGCGUAGCCGGCAAAUGCAACAGGGAGCACGGCUCGGACUGCUGCGUGGCCGGCCACCGCUACCCGCAGUUCAAGUGCUCGCCCCCUGUGUCGGCCGAGACGCCGGCGAUCCUGACGUUGAACAGCUUCGCGGCGGGCGGGGACGGCGGCGGCAAGUCCUUCUGUGACAACCGCUUCCACAAGGACAGCGAGCUGGUGGUGGCUCUAUCCACGGGGUGGCUGCGCCUCGACGGCACGCGCAGGUGCAACAAGAUGAUCCGCAUUAACGGAAAUGGGCGGUUUGCGAUGGCCAAGGUCGUCGACGAGUGUGACUCGGUGAACGGCUGCGAUGCGGAGCACAACUUCGAGCCGCCGUGCCCCAACAACGUCGUGGACGGGUCACCGGCAGUGUGGAAGGCGCUGGGGCUCAACGAGGACAUUGGAGAGUUCAAGGUCACUUGGUCUGAUGUGUGA